AUGAUAAUUAUUAGACUAUUUAAAACACGUUUCUUGUAAACAAAUCAUUUAUAUUAAAUAUCGAAAGUGAUGUAAUAAAAGGAAUUCGAAGAGACCAUAGAAGAAGUCAAAACCAUAAAGGCUAUCACCCCAAAGGUAGAGAAAUCAAAAAGGAUCGUGAGACCUUAAUUUGAGGCAAACCCAGAGUUGUUCUACCCAACCAAGGUUUUCGAUAAAUUUGGGUUUAGUAGAUGCAAAUGUCCAAAAUGUGGAGCAUAUUUUUGGAGACACACAGAUAAGAAGACCACUUGUGGAGAUUCAAAUUGUGAAGGGAAAUACUCCUUCAUUGGUGUAGGUACAGGUAAAGGGGCAAAAGGAAAUAAAAUAACAUAUGCCGAUGCUUGGAAUGGAUUCAAGAAAUCUUUAACAAGUGCUAGAGUACCAUGCACAGCAAUUGAUAGAUAUCCAGUGGUGGCAAGAUGGAGAAAUGAUGUUGAUUAUGUAGCAGCAGGAAUCUAUUGUUUCUAACCAUUUUGUGUAACAGGUGAGAUGGAUCCACCAGCAAAUCCUUUGAUUUGUCCAUAAUUUUGUGUGAGAUUCAAUGAUCUCGACAAUAUUGGUUUAACAGGAAGACAUUAUUCAGGAUUUAUCAUGCUUGGUAUAUAGACAUUCAAUUAUCCUGACAAAUAUGUGUUCUUUAAGGAGGAAUGUGUAGAAUUCAACUAUAGAUGGUUGACUGAAGAGUUAGAAAUCAAUCCAGAUGAUAUUACAUUCAUUGAAGAUGUUUGGGCAGGAGGUGGAAACUUGGGUCCAUCAGUAGAAUACUUCGUCAAUGGAUUGGAAGUAGGAAACAUGGUGUUUAUGCAAUACAAAUAUUUCCAUGAUGGAUCAUACGAAGAAUUACCAAUUAAAAUCAUAGAUACAGGAAUUGGAUUGGAACUUACCUUCGAUGUCUUUGCUGGGGCAUUUGCAUUCUUGGCAUAAAAGUUAUAAGUUGAAUAUUCAAACGAUGUUUGGAAAGCAUUUGGACCAUACAGUUGUCUAUUGAAUGUUGAUGAAGUAGAAAAUGUUGAUAAGACUUGGGAAUUCAUUUCAUCAUAAAUUGGAUAUGAUGUCUAAACUAUUAAGAAGGAAAUCGAACAAUUGAAGGAUAUGUAUAUCAUUUUGGAUCAUACACGUACUGUCAUGAUGGUAGUAACUGAUGGAUCAUUACCAUCAAAUGUUGGUGGUGGUUCCAAUAUUAGAAAUAUCAUCAGAAGAGUAUUUGCAGUGUUGAAGAAGAAUAAUUGGUGGGAUAAAUUAGGAAUGGAUGGAUUAUUGUAAUUAUUUUAAGAACACAAGAACGACUUGGCUAAACUUUAUGGUCCAUUUGGAGAAUAUAAGAGUUUUGAUUAAAUUAUCAAAUAAGAAUAUGAAAGAUGGGCUAAAACAGAUGAUGAUAAAAAAGUUAAAUUAGAAAAAUUAUUGAAAUAAAAGAAUAAUCAAUUAAGUAUUGAUGAUUGGAUCUUUGCUAUGAGUACUCAUGGAAUACCAGCUGAUACUAUUAGUCAAAUUAGUAAAUUGCCAAUCCCUGGUAAUUUAUAUGCUGAAUUGGCAGAUAGAGCAGCCAGAAUUACUAAAGCACCUGAAGCUAUUCUUUAUAACACAGUUCAUUUACAAGAAACUACUAAUUUAUAUUAUCAAACACCAAAAGAUGGCAAAUUCUAAGCUAAAAUUGUUACUAUAUUCAGUAAUGUUUAACAAUAGAAUCUUCCUAACAUUGUGAUUUUGAAUCAAUCUGCCUUUUAUCCAUUUGGUGGUGGUUAAGAUUUUGAUUAAGGUUGGUUAACUAUUUAAGGAGAGAGACAUUAUGUUAACAACGUAUAAAAAGUUGGCAAGGUUGUAUUACAUAUCCUAGAAAAACCAUUACCAAAUGCAGUUGAUACAUAUGUUGGUUAAGAUGUUUUAGCUGAAAUCGAUUUAGAAAGAAGAUCAAUUUUGAGAAAUCAUCACACAGCUACUCAUAUUGUAUUUGCAGCAUGCAGAAGAGUACUUGGUCCUCAUGUUUGGUAGAAUGGUGCUCAUAAGAGUGUUCACAAUGCACAUCUUGAUAUUACUCACUUUGCACCAUUGUCAAAGGAAUAAGAAUAAGCCAUUGAGAAUGAAGUCAAUAAAAUCAUCUUAUCUGCAAAACAAAUCAAUAAAGGAUUUAUGAAUAAAGCAGAUGCUGAAAAAGAAUAUGGAUUCAGAUUAUAUCAAGGUGGUAUUGUACCAGGAAAUGAAUUAAGAGUUGUAAAUAUCGAUGGAAUAGAUGUUGAAGCUUGUUGUGGUACCCAUUGUGACAGCACAUCAGAAGUAGGAUGGGUGAGAAUUCUUAAGACUUAGAAAUUACAAGAUGGUGUUGUUAGACUCUAUUAUGUUGCUGGAGUGAAGACCAUUGAAGUGUUAAAUUCAGAGGGAGAGAUGAUCAAUUCAUUGGUCAAGUUAUGGUCAAUUUCUAAGACUCAAUUGGUUGAAGAAGGCAGCAAGAUUUUCUAAGAGAAGAAACAUUAUGAAUCUGCAUAUAACUAACUCAAGGCUGAAUUGAUCAAGUCAUAAUUGAAAUAUGUUAUUGAUGGUCCAAAUCAAAGAACAUUCAUUCAAUCAACUGAACCAAAUCCAACUGCUUAUUUCAGUGAAAUUGGAAAGUACAUCCAAUAACUCAAGGAUGCCAAGAAGGGUCUGUUGUUUGUUGCAGACAGUUUCAUCUAUGGAGCCUUUGGUGAGAACAAUUUCAAUGUAGAGGAAUUGAGCAAGCAAAUUGAGGAGGAAGGAUAACAAUUGAAAGUGAAUAAGCAGAAUAAGAUUAGUGUUAAAGAUGGAAAGAAAACUAUCCAAGUGAAUGAUGUGUUAACAUUCUCCGUCUUAGGUAAAUUCAACAAGAAUAAAGCAACAAAAUAUCUUAAAGAGCAAGGUUUUGCUUAAUUUUGAGAUAAUAUAUAUAAAGAAAGAUAAAUAUAAUCUAACAUAAUUUUAUUCAAA